CGGAGAUUGUCAGAAGAGUUUGGAGAAAAAUCGACAUCAAAUCCAGCUCUGUGAAAAACGCAGUAAAAGUGCUAAUUUCCCGUGAAAAACCACCCAAACGCAUUCUGUGCUGUGUCCUCGCGAUGUCUCGUGCGUGAAUAGUGUGGAAAUUCCCCCCUUCAUACUGGCUGUGGUGUGUUUUUGGAAAAGUGAAAAUAGCAGUGGUGGAAAAGCGUUGGUGAGUGUGUGGCCGCCAGGGGCGCCCCCGUCGUUGGGAAACAAAAGCGGAAUUCCCAGGGCAGAAAUGCUGAUGAGGCUGACCAUUUGGGCCAAUUGAGCUAAAUUGGCCACUUCCUGCCAAUGGCAGCCAGUCAAAAUGGACCUCCGGCGGGCCCCGGAGUUCCGCCCCGGUUCGCCGACUACUUCGUCAUCUGCGGACUGGAUCUGGACACUGGGCUGGAGCCGGACAGAUUCUCAGGCGACAGUUUGCACUGCUCACCGCUGGACAGGGCGUACAAGAGUAAACCACUGGCACACUAUCCGGACAAUGUGCCGUGGAAUCCCUUUGACAGUCACGGGAUUUGCAUGCUGUCGCUGCCGCAGGGUUUGAAGUUUCGCACGCAGAAGCACAACAUUGAGCCGCGCUUUCACGCAUUCGCGACGACGCGUGAGGAUGGGAAGCGAUGCUAUGGCUUCAGUUUGGUGUUCUACGAGGAGGUGCGCAACAGGAACAUCUGCAGCGCCAUGCACACGCUCCAGUCCAUGUUCAUCACGGAACUGUCGAGUCGCCAGAAUGCGCCGGGAUUGCGCAGGGUGAAGGAGAGUCCGGCCAGCAGAUCACUGCCCAGGCACUUUAAGCUCGCCGCCCAUGCGCCAAAUUCCGCCCUCAGCUACUAUGACAUCACGAAGGACAAGCUGUUUGUGGCCAAGAGCAUCUCGCUGGUGUGUCAGCUGCCGUACGUCAAUGUGGCGGAGGUUUUCCUCAAGAAUCUCUACAAAUGUCUUCCACGACAACCGGGCCCUGGUCUCAGUCUUGAGAGCUAUGUCUACAAUAUUCUCCACGAAGUGUCAAUUCCCGAUCCCGGACGCUCCAUCCGGAUCUACCUGCCGCCCGAGGAAUCUCACCAGCCGCCCAUUCCCACGCUCCUGCAGCGUCCCAGUGUGCACAAUGAGCUGCCACUGCUGGACUUUCCGGCGCGCCAGAUGUUCAGACAUUUGGGCAUUGAGUGCGUGAUUCAGCUGUUCACGUGCGUGCUGCUGGAGAAUCAGGUGCUUCUGCGAUCGGCGGACUACAAUAAGCUCAUGAUUGUGGCGGAGUGCAUUACGAAUCUCCUCUUUCCCUUCACAUGGCCACAUGUCUAUGCGCCAAUCUUGCCGGCAUCGCUGUAUCACUUCCUGGACGCUCCCGUGCCGUUCGUGAUGGGUCUGCACGCGGACGCGGAGACGAGCAUGAAGAUUGGCACAGAGGCGACACUGUGCUAUGUGGAUAUUGAUCGGAAGAUCAUCCAAUUGCCGGAGGAGUUGCCGACGUUUCCCCAUCGGGGGGAUUUUGUGAUGGAAUUGGCGGCUGUGUUGGAUAAAUUUCACGUGCCGCGCGACAAGACGGCCGAUCAGUCGACGAUAAUAGCGCCACCGAGGCGUCCCGAUCAGGAUCCCAUGACUGCCAGUUGCACUCUGCCGUCGGGCAUGCACGCCCGCCGCAAGCACUCCCUCCAUGACAUCCUGGACUGGGACAGAGCGGCCUCGCCGGAGCCUCAGCAGCCCGGCUCACCGUCCAAUGGGCCGCGAUCGGAGGCGCUGCAGAAGAUUGUGGACAUUGUGCGACGGAGUGGCGUGAGUUUGGACGAAGUGGACUUUCGGGCUGACAUCAUGCCGCCGCCCAGCGUCAGGAAGACUCCAUUGACGCCACAUGAGCAGUACUGCGAUGAUCUGAGACUCAAUAAUGCCAUCCGUGAGAUAUUUCUCAAUCGCUUCGUGCAGAUGUUCUCGGCCUAUGAGCACUUUGUCAUUCAGCCAAAUCAGGGGCGCGAAGAGUGGCUGAGCAAUCGUGAAUCACUGCAGAACUUCGACAAGGCGUCCUUCCUCUCUGAUCAGCCACAGCAUCAUCGACCCUUCCUGUCGCGCUUCCUCGAGAGUCAGAUGUUUGCCACACUGAUUGACAACAAGAUCAUGUCCGCGUGGGCGGAUGAGGGUGAAGAGGUGGACAGCAAUUUGAAGCUCUUCGAUGAUCGCAUCAAGUUACUCAGGAAACGCUUUGGUGGCGAAAGCAUCAUUCGCACGUCAAACUAUGAGCCGUGCAUCACGGCGCGUGAGACGCUGAAGAUUCUGGAGAAGAGACUCAACAGUGUCGACAUGGAAGUGGCGCCGCCCAGUGAAAUACUCCCCAAUCGGCCGGCGUAUUUUCGCAGUUUUCCCACACUUGAUAAGUCUGUGCUCAAUCAGGAGUCCGCCUCGAGGGGAAAUAGCCUGAGGCGAGUGAAAAAUGGGGGAAAAUGGAGAGUGAAGGAGAUUUCAUUGGAGGGAAAACCACCUGAAACACCCAAUUCCAAUCGACCGUCAGCAAGUUUGACGGCAAGUGAGAUGAAUCCAACACUUCUGGCGCAAGCAAAUUGGACUUUUGUGGAGAAAUUAUUGAAAGACUGCAAGAGCAAGACUAAGCGAAUGCUGCUGGAGAAGAUGGGCAGCGAAGCUGUGGAAUUGGGACUGAGCGGUGAGAUUUCGGUGAAUGGCGUGGAGGAGAACACACUGAUAGCGUCACUGUGUGAUCUGCUGGAGAAGAUCUGGUCGCAUGGGAUGCAGAAUAAGCAGGGCAAGAGUGCUCUGUGGAAUCAUCUGCAGUCUUAUCUGGAGGUUCAAGAGUGCACCAACACGUCGAAGCCCAUCGACAACAACUACCUCACACCAGCUCUGGCGUGGUGCGUUCUCAGGAAGAGAAUGGAUUAUCUCUCCACGAUGGCCAUAGAGCCCGAAGCACCGCCGAGUCCAACGCGAGGCAGAUCCAAGUCAAGGGAUCGCAAGAGUCUCGGACCGGAGCAAUUGAGACCACUGCCGGAAUCACUGGAGGUGGACAUUAAGAAUAUCCUCGCCAUGACUGAUGUGAAGACUCACAUUGGCUAUGCCAGGGCUUUUGUGCGUCUGGCGCUGGAGAAGAAACUCCUGUCGAGACACUUGAGAGCUCUGUUGGCCGAUUCCGCCCUUCUCAGGUCGCUGUACAAGAGAUCAGCCUUCCUGAGGUGUGAAGAUGAGAAGGAACAGUUCCUCUAUCAUCUCCUCACACUGAAUGCCGUAGAUUAUUUCUGCUUCACCAACACUUAUCCCACAACAAAGCUUCCGUAUCGCGUGGUGAUUUUCCCGUCGAAGAGAACUGGAUCAGCCAACACGUCUGCCAAUGUCUGGGUGGCAAUUUCGGGCAAUAAUGGAGAGACUCAGCAAGUUCCGGUGCCCAGAGGAACACUUGAGUUUGUCUUUCACCACAAGAACAUGGGCGUGCUCACGACACUGCGGAUUGGGCACGACAACUCCGGGCUGUCGCCCAAGUGGAUGGUGGAGCAUGUGGUGGUGCGCAAUGAGGUCACGGGGCACACGUACAAGUUCCCGUGCGGCCGAUGGCUGGGCAAGGGCGUGGACGAUGGCUCGAUGGAGCGACUGCUGGUGGGACAGCUGGUGCCCAGGACGGUGGACAAUGAGGAGUUGAUUGAGGCGUGCCGGACGCCGCCAAGAGCGCGCAGUCCGAGUCUGCACAGGCCGGAAGUGAAGCCGUCGGAGAUUCAACACUUGCUGGGCGAUGCCGUGAAUGCCAUCGUGAAGUGGCACUACAGACCGAGUCGGGAGCGUGAUGCUGGAUCCCUGACGAAUCUCCUGUGUGGCGAGGAGGGUUUGGUGAAGUGUCUCGAGCAGGCGUUUCUCUUUGGUUUUCGCUCCACGCGAUUGUUUGGGCGAAAUUUGUACAUUUGGGACUAUUUUGUGCGCGUGAAGGAGCAAUUUGAGGUGAAUCUCGUGGAGGAAUCAGUGGAGAUGGUGCGUGGUGGUGGAAGUGUGCAAAAUUCACCGCCCACAAAUAGUUCAGGCAGCAGUCCAGAGAGUUCCUUCGGCACACCAUCAACGCCAGCGUCCAGACAGGAGUUUGCCACCAUUUGGCGAUGCUAUUGUCACUUGAUGGAUGAAAUCAACAAUGUGACACAGAGUUUGGGCAAAGAUGGCAAAUUUCAGCUCUUCAUCUGUCUCAGUCUCAGGGAACAUUUGCUGCAUCGAAUGUUGGUGCCAAUUGCUGCCACACGUGUGACUCAGGAGAUGUAUGAGGAGCAGAGUUUCAUGCGCAAGAAGGGCCUCUUGACAUUCCUCAGGCAGAUUCUCGAGCCACUGGAUGAGUUUCACAUCAUACUGGAGAACUCCAUCACGCAAGGCAUUCCGUCGCAUUGCUGAAUGCGCGCCCCCAAAAUCUUGCCAACUGAUGCCAAAGAUUGCACUUUUUGCUCCUACUUUUGGCUGCUUUUCUUAGAUCAAUUGUUUUUUCUUGGGUCUGAAAGUCCUGAUAAUAAUUUGUGUCUUUUUUUUCUUUGUAAUGUUCUCAUUCUUGCGAGAAAGCAGCUAUUUUUUGUUGUUAUUGAUAUAUUUUUUGUUUGUGUUUUUUCGAUGGACAAGAGCGAAAGGGGAAAAAAAAACAGGAUGAAGUCCUGUGCCAAAGAAGAUCUUCACCUGUUUAUUUCUUUAUUUCCUUUUUCUGUGUAAAAAUGAUAUUUGAGAAAUAUUCCAAGUUCAUUGUAGGGUGAUUUUACCAUUCAAUGUGUCGUUUUUAACUGUCCAAAGAGAGCGGAAGAAGAAAAAAGAGAAUUAGAAAGAAAGGAUAGAAAAAACCAGCAGAUAUUUUAGUGAUUGUAUAAGUCUAUAUAUAUAUAUGUAUGGCAAAAAAAAUACUCAGUGGUUAAUUGUGUGAUAAAAGAUGUCAUUGCAGAGUUAGAUGAGAAAGACAAAAAAUUGUUGAUAUUCGUGUAGAAAAUCUUCAUGACGCCUUUCCGGGCGGUGGAGAAACACACCAAAAAGAAAUGAAAAACAAAAGAGAAACAGAUCAUUUUCAAGUCAAACUCCAUCUCUUACCAAACUGUCCAAAGAGGAAUACUCAUUUUCCAUUAAAUAAACCUUCAAAAUUUCCAUU